GAUUUUGAAACUAUCCCCCGUUCACCUAUCACAGGUAAUCCCUGUGUCUCUGUGUAGUCAUAGUUUACAGGUAGCAAGUGCAGGCAGCAACCAGUCCGUCCCACUGUGGAUGCGGAGACCUCUCUGGAGUCACAACUAAAGGCUGCAUAAUGUAUUCCACUACAGGUGACGAAACCCAGGUCCCAGAAUAACAAGCAAAACAACUUUUAAAGUGACUGUUGUUGACCACUGUCUUCUGUGCAUUGGUUUGGUAAACUUAUGGUUGAUUUUUCAAAAGGACGGUAUAAAUUCUAUUGAAUUAUUCUUGGGGAGGACUGACUCUCCCUGAAGGCGACACGGAUGCCAGAGAAUACACAUCAACGGUGUGGCUGUGUAUGUUCCUCUGGUCUGUGUGACUCUACCAAGACUCUGUGAAGCUGUCCUUCCAAUUGAUACCGGGGAAUAUGCUGAAACUAGUGGCCACAGAUGUCUUUAAUUCCAAAAACCUGGCCGUUCAGGCACAAAAGAAGAUCUUGGGUAAAAUGGCGUCCAAAUCCAUCGCUACCACCUUAAUUGAUGACACGAGCAGUGAAGUGCUGGAUGAGCUCUACAGGGUGACCAAGGAGUACACCCAGAACAAGAAGGAGGCAGAGAAAAUCAUCAAAAACCUCAUCAAAACAGUCAUCAAGCUGGCCAUUCUUUACAGGAAUAAUCAGUUUAACCAGGAUGAGCUAGCACUGAUGGAGAAAUUCAAGAAGAAAGUUCAUCAACUUGCUAUGACCGUGGUCAGUUUCCAUCAGGUGGAUUUCACCUUUGACCGGAAUGUGUUAUCCAGGCUGUUAAAUGAGUGUAGAGAGAUGCUGCACCAGGUCAUCCAGCGUCACCUCACCGCCAAGUCACAUGGACGGGUUAAUAAUGUCUUUGAUCAUUUUUCAGAUUGUGAUUUCUUGGCUGCCUUGUAUAAUCCCUUUGGAAAUUUUAAACCCCACUUACAAAAACUGUGUGAUGGCAUCAACAAAAUGUUAGAUGAAGAGAACAUAUGAGCAUGUGAGUUGAAAUUGUGACUGCUCAUGAUUUAUUUGAAGAUGGAGCACUGCUGAUUUAUGAAGAAAAAAAAUAAUGUUUUAAAGAUUACACAUAUUUCAGAAAGACUUUGCCCAAUUCAGUUGUCAGACAUUAAUGAUAAUGUUUUAUGAGGCUUGUUUUAUUUGAAGCAUAGCAUAUUGCCAAAUAUUCUGGUAAAAAGCUUCCCAGCGGUUAGCAGACCACGGGAAGAUAUAUGGUUGCGUGAUGCAAAUAUAGAGUUAUAUAAAGAAAGAUACGUGUGGCUCCAAACCUCAAGACAUCUUUUUUAGGGCAGUUGUUAUGUUGGUGGCACAUUGGAUAUUUCUGUCAUGUACAGAAUUGUGUAUUUUCAUUCACUUUUAUUCCUUACUAUGUAUGUGUACCGCUUUUAAAAAGCCAGGAGCUCUCUCUUACUGUCAUUUCUCCUUUUGAAACAAUUCCAUUUUCAAGUUUACCUUUUGUUAAAAAUUCUUUUGUUAAAGACUUUGUCACUGACAUUCAAGAAUUCCAUCUUAAUUAAGAAUUAAGAUUCAAGAAUUAAGGCAGUCAAAUUGAACCUUCAGAAAAAUAGAAAACUGCUUCUCUGAAAUCAAUGUUGUAGAAACCAAUUGUAUUUGACAUUAUGAAUAAUGUCUAACAUAAGACUAUGCUUCUGGAAUCGAGUCCUGUUUUUCAGUACCAACAGUAAUACUUCCCAAAACAUGAAAAUUCCCCAGAAUGGCAUACCAUUGCCUUGAAAUGCUUGCUGAGGGCUUAACUUACAUCAUCUUGAAAAUGGGCUGACGGAAUCUCCAUUUUUCAUACCUGUUUUAAAUGUAAGAGACAAAGAGGAAAUCUAGAUCAUUCCCGAUAUUGGGACAAUUAAAAGUAAGUGGUUUUAAGAAUGAUAAAACAAUCUUUACCUUAGAGAUGAGCCCAUCAGAAUAAUUUAAUUUAGGGGGAUGAAAGUCAAAAGAGAAGACAGGAUAUUGCCAGAAGAACAUGGGAAUGAAAAUGAAUGCAUUUCAAUGUUUAGUAAGGUUUGAUAGGUAAAUAAAGAAUGUCACUUUUUUAUUUAACUGAUAAGGUUUUUGCUUUUUUGUUAUUUGCUAUUUUGAUGAGUAAACCAAAGAAUAUUUGCAUUCCAAGCA